AAAGGAAUGCAGAGGGAACGAGAGCGAGCUUUAUCACUCAUUUGCAUCAGCGCUGCAUGAACAGAGGUGGAGCAAUGCAUGCAGCCCAGCACUAUAAAACCAUCAGAGCUGCGACAUUAUGGACUGCUUUGCUUCUAUAACUGGCCUCAUAUAUGCCUGGAACGCAGCUCACUAAGGGUGGCCCACUGGAUCUCUGCAGAACUUCUACUUCACAGUCUCCCAGUACUCAAAACACAAAGGAGCUACAACCACUCAUGGCAAAUCCAGUCUGUGAAGCUACAGAGCAGAAGAAACAACAGCCACAGGGACCCGAAAGGCCAAAUUCACAUCAGAAGUUUAAAGCAAAGCUCAUGCAAUGGGUUUCUUACGUUGCUGGAGACAUGGCUCCGUUCGGUGAAUGGAUGAAAGGGCAGUUUAUCUUGCUCCAGAUUCUGGACUGGGUGCUGCGGGGAGCUGCUCAGGUGAUGUUUGUGAACAACCCUCUCAGCGGGCUAAUCAUCUUUGCUGGACUGAUCCUGCAGAACCGAUGGUGGGCACUCAAUGGUUUUGUUGGCACUUUGUUUGCUACGAUUUCUGCCCUCAUCAUUGGUCAGAACAGAGGGGCGAUUGCAAACGGCCUGUACGGAUAUAACGGCAUCUUGGUUGGUCUCCUGAUGGCGGUUUUCUCAAAUGCAGGAGAUUGGUAUUGGUGGCUGCUUCUUCCCAACAUUUUCAUGUCAAUGGCAUGUCCCAUAGUGUCCAGUGCCUUGGCAUCCAUCAACAGUCGGUGGGACCUUCCUGUCUUCACCCUGCCCUUUAACAUACUAGUGUGUCUCCAUAUGGUGGCUACAGGCCACUACAAUCACCACUUCCCUCAGGUUCUCUUCCAGCCACGCACAUCCAUGCAUAACUUGACAUGGUCUGAGCUGGAUUAUCCUAAGCUCUUCCGCUCAAUCCCUGUGGGUAUUGGACAGGUAUAUGGGUGUGACAAUGCUUGGACAGGAGGAAUAUUCAUGAUCGCCUUGUUCAUCUCCUCACCCAUAACAUUUGCACAUGCAACUAUUGGAUCAGCAGUUGGUAUGGUGUCAGGUCUUGCUCUUGCUGCACCGUUCCAGAACAUCUACUUUGGCCUGUGGGGUUAUAACUGUGUUUUGGCCUGCAUUGCCAUUGGUGGGAUGUUCUACGCUCUCACAUGGCAGACACAUCUUCUGGCGGUGGCCUGCGCAUUCUUCUGUGCAUAUCUUGGCUCUGCAAUCGCAAAUGUGAUGUCUACUUUUGGACUCCCAGCAUGCACCUGGCCCUUCUGUCUCUCUGCUCUCACUUUCCUUUUGAUCACUACGGAGAUAAAAAACAUUUAUAAACUGCCCCUGGCUAAAGUCAACUACCCUGAGAAAAACCUGAUAUACUUCUGGAAGAUGAAGAAAGAGGAGAGGAUCGCCAAACAAAUGAAAGAGCAAGAGAAAGACAUAGCAUCGCAGCAGAUGAAAGAGAGUAUUAUAAUGGCUGCAAAUGAAAUGAAAGCUCAUCAGCUUCUCGAUGUUUGCACUGUGGAUGUUCUAAAAGAGGAAAGCACACAAAAUAGAUCAGACAGGAAGUCAGAGGCAACUGAACUCGAUUUAACUCAAUUAUAAAUCUCCCUAAAAUGGUUCACAUGAUGUUUAUUUGCUCAAGGAAAAAUAGAUAAGGGAAACAUCCCCUUAAUUUACUAUACAUUAUUUUUCUUUUCUUUUUUUUGUACAUUUGCCAAGUAAAA